CCUGACUCGUCCAUGGUGACCGAGCGAGAGCGAUCCAGUGCCUCAAGUUCUCACGGUGGCGCUGCAGUUGUAGUCUUAGUAACAGAAGAGGUUAUAUUUUUCCGACUCUGAACCUUAAGCUGCAAAUAUGAUCGUCAAGACAGGCGGCGCAAGGAAGAUGUUCAACAAGAACAAAUGCUGCUGGUGCCUCGAGCGUCGCAAGAGCGCCUACCUCGUGGCAAUCUUAUCCUUGCUUGUGCUGGCAGGGCAGGUCGCAAACGAGGUCUACAAAUAUGAGAGAAGCAACAAGGAGCAUACUGUGGCAAAUUUCACGGUGACGAUGCUGGGGCUGGGACUGCAGUUGUUCGUGACAGGCAUGCUGCUGUGCGGCAUCAACUGGAACCGUGUGGGUUUCUUCUGGCCGUACAUGGUGUGGGUCUCCCUGACGAUGGGACUGGCCAUCUUCCAGUGCCUCGUCCUGCUGUUCGUCAAACCUGUGGACGAAAUAAAAUACGAUAUGGUCGUCACCGUCACAACCAUCGUCAUCCUUUACUACUUUGUCUUCGUCAUACAGGAGUAUGAGGACGAGCUGCGUAAGGAGCUGGAGCUGAGGAGGCCGUCGACGGCAGCGACGGUGGGGGGCAGCGAGGCGGGCGGGGAGGGCGGGGAACAGCUCCUGGCUGUCACUACAGAACCUACGCGUUGA